AUGGCUGCCAUUUCAGCGGCUCGGGGCGCUCCCACAGCCCUGACGCCACCGAGCAGCAGCCAUGGAGACGAACCCUCAUGGAGGUACCGGAACCAACACGAGGAGACCUAUGACGAAAGUGGUGCUGGAUAUUUCGGCGACGAAUCGAUUCGCAAUCCUCGCCAGAACGGAAACUUCGACUCAAGCUAUGACGCCAAGACACGAAAGAUGCAUUCGGCGGACACUCUAUCGAACAGCCAGUGGGAUGCACAUGCAGAGACUGGCGUCCAGUCGCCCCAAUUCGACAACAUCCGAUCGGAUUGGUCGACUGGCGAGCCUGAGACGGAUGAGAUGACCCGUGGGCGGGCUGACUCUACGGUCAACGGCGAGGUGGAAUCCAAAUGGAUUCACCGAGACAUACUGGCACAAAUUGAAAGCGAGGAGCUGCAGGCAGCUGGCUUUAUCCCCAGGUCACGCGCCCCCAGCAAGCAGCGACGAGACAAGAGUGCUCGGCGAGGCACCGACGCCGGCGAGCAUCUCCGACUGAAGCAAGAUCCGGGACUCGAGUCCGGGGAGGCCUCAAAAUCUGCUUUGGAUCUUAGAACUCAGGAAGAGGCGGCGGAUGAACAGGAGAACAACUCUGCGCAAAACGCAAAGGGGGGAUCUCGGAUACCUGUUCCCAAGACACGCUCUAGGAGUGCCAGUGCCACUCUCAGAGAACUGACCAUCAACGUCCCUCCCGAGAAGCCCAAGCCAGCGCAGCGCUCUGCUACAGAAACUUCUCCCAAGAAGAUUGGCGCCGCUGGCCGCAAGAACUCGGAGCCAGCAAACGCGAAGCCGAAGACAGCGGCUGGUAGACCCAAGACUCGCUCAGGGCCCAGCAAAGAUUCUACAACUACACGACCUACAACACGCUCUGGAGAGGCUUCUCUGGGCAGUAGCCGUCAGCCCGAGGGCAACCCACCAUGGAUGGUUAACAGCUAUAAUCCCGAUCCUCGUCUACCACCCGAAAAGCAACUCAUUCCCACCGUUGCAAAGAGACUCCAGCAGGAGAAGUGGGAACAGGAGGGCACAUUUGGUACUGCUUACGAUAAGGACUUCCGGCCCUUGAAUGACAGCGCGCUGGUGCGAGAGAAUUCCGUGCCGCUGGAAGAGCGAGAACCCAAGCAGGAACAGGCUGCUCAAGAGGAGAUGGAGAUACGACCACAAACACCCGAAGCAGGGCCGUCGGAUGAGUGGCCGCUCAAAGCGGAUGCUCCUAAGAGCCCUCAGAUCCGGUUGGGCUCAUCCUAUUCCGCGAUGCCCAAGAUCUCAGACAUGCCAAAGAGCCCUCUGCCCGGCCAACGACCCCCAAUGACACCCCAAGGAACUCAAGGAACAGGAACAGCUCAGUCGCAGAGCCAGCUCAGCGAGAAGCCCCAGACCCCCCAGAGGAUCCCCGAAGUCUCCGACGACCAAGACCAGAAAGGCGGCUGCGGCUGCUGCGUCGUCAUGUAA